UCAAAAUUCAAAAUCUAUAAAAAAGACACCACCUGCUCACUUUAUAACUCACCACCAUCAUAUUACGGAAGCCAUACGCUACCGGAUUGCUGAUCUUAACUGUUCCGGUGACGAUGUCCGAUCAAAGCCCUAAAUCAAUUUUCCCGGUGAUCAUCUUCUCAAAUGUUCAGUGGUUACUUUCAUCUUCUGUUAUGCUUCCGGUUCAUCUGGCCCUUCUAACUAUGGUUUCGAAUGCUUGCUUUACACUAGCAACAUCAAAAUACUGCAAUUUAGAUGAUAUACAUGUUUUCCCAGCAAGCUUUGCCCUAAAGGAGAGGCUGGCAAGUGUUUGCACCUUGGAAUUGAUGCUUGUAGACAAGAUGUUGGUAAAACAGUCAUUGUUCGUGAUGUAUUUUACAACCAACCAGUUCGAAGGAAGCAAAUACACUCCCAACCCAAAGAGGGUCUUGCAUUCUCUGAAAGAGUCUCUGCUAAGAAUACUCCUUGUGCAUCCCAGUGGCUCCUUCAAAAUUGUUGAUUUUGAAAGUGUGGAUUACCAGCUUUGAACAUGUGCUUCUCCUUCUCUAUUGCCUCUAUUGUCUAGUGGGUUUGGGAUUCAUCCUUAACAAUUUGAAUGGAAGCGAUGGUUCAUUGAAGCUCUCAGGAUACAUCUCAGGUCCUGAUGUUUACACAGGCCCAAAUUGAUGGGUAUACAGGUCCUCAUGUUUACACAGUGGAGGUAUACAAGCCCAAAUUGAUGGUGUUAUCAAAUGCGAAAAGCGCAAAAAAGUUCUAAGGUUCAUUGGGGCUUUAAGCGCAGAGCACAAAUAAAGUGUGGGCUUUAAUGAAAAAAGGUAUAUGAGCAAUAGGCAGUGGGACCUGCUAUGUUAAGGUGGAUGACUAUGAUGUACUGGUGCUGAUGGAAGAAAUAUAUGGUAAUCUUUUUGCAAAGUGUUGUACUGAAGUUGAGCUGGAACAUACACAUUUGCGCAUAGGACUUUUAGCCCAAGACAGUAUAUGCGCCUGUUUCUUUCACUUCUCUUCUGUUUCCUUUUUGUCUGGCCAUUCUAACUAUGGUGUCGUAUGCUUCCUUUACACCAGCGGAGAGAGAGAAGGACCGAUUGUAAAUGAUGCUGGUCUUUUGCUAAGGCUUCCUGCCAGCAGGUCUAACCUGUAUGAGAUACAAUCUACAUUUUAGAGGAACUAGCUUCAUUUGAAAAUUAACGUUCUAACAGUUUUAAGAAAUAGUAGAAAUUAUUAAUUAGAAUGAGGGGAUUAAGGAAAAGCUUGAAUAGGCUCUGAGGAAGUGACAAAAUUUUCUUAUUUUUCUUUGAUGAGUGGAGGAAGUGGGAGCACAUGCAAUCAGAGGAGUCCGCGUUUGGUUCCUUUUAGUUUUCGACUGCAUACUAUGGACUGGAUCAAACUUGAAAACUGUUGCACUUCUUAGGAUUACUGAAUUUUCUUUCAACUGAUUACAUAGUCUGAUUAUGUAGACAUUUUGCUAUGAAUUGGAAAGAAAGCUAUUGACUUCAAUGCUAUGCUAUUUAUUAGAAAUGCUUUUCAUUACCAGCUCAGAGUUUCCACUUUGUUUGACUUAUCACCACAAAGAA